AUUCAUUUCGGCUGUUCUUUGAUUUGGUGGAGGAAUUAGUACAGAUAGUACAGAUAAAGGAGGGGUCUGAUAUGCAUAUCCUCCCUAUCCUUUCUAUAUUACAUCGAAAUAAACAAGAUCUUAUUGAAGUAACAUGUGAGGGGGAAACUAUGUCACUUGGGAAAAUGUAUCAUUUGCUUUUAUAUUUGGAAUGGGAUAUAAGCUUAAUUCACGGUGAUCUUGGUAUUGUCGGUCAUACUAAUUCAGAAAUAAGUGGAUUAGAAGCCGAGAAAAAUGCAAGAGCAUAUCUUCAAAAGUUUAGACGGUCCAUUAGGAGUAGUGCUCCUAAAAUUGAACCAAAAGUUGAAAACAUUUCGUCAGGAUGUGAGUUGCUUCCUGCCCUUCCAGUAGGACUUGAAGAGAAGAGGUUUCGUGAG